GCCCGUGGGCCCAGGGCCUGGUGCGGCGCGGCGAGCGUCCGUGCGUGCGCGCCCGUGCGCGCGUGCCUGCGUCCGAAGAAUUUGCGAUCAGGCGGCGCGGCGGACAGCCCCGGCGGCGGGGCGGGGGGGAGUUAUAUUGCGGGGUCCUUCCUCGCUCACCCUGGUUCCUCUCGGAGCGGAGACGGCAAAUGGCGGACUUCGAUACCUACGACGAUCGGGCCUACAGCAGCUUCGGCGGCGGCAGAGGGUCCCGCGGCAGUGCUGGUGGCCAUGGUUCCCGUAGCCAGAAGGAGUUGCCCACAGAGCCCCCCUACACAGCCUACGUAGGAAAUCUACCUUUUAAUACCGUUCAGGGCGACAUAGAUGCUAUCUUUAAGGAUCUCAGCAUAAGGAGUAUACGGCUAGUCAGAGACAAAGACACAGAUAAAUUUAAAGGAUUCUGCUAUGUAGAAUUCGAUGAAGUGGAUUCCCUUAAGGAAGCCUUGACAUACGAUGGUGCACUGUUGGGCGAUCGGUCACUUCGUGUGGACAUUGCAGAAGGCAGAAAACAAGACAAAGGUGGCUUUGGAUUCAGAAAAGGUGGACCAGAUGAUAGAGGCUUCAGGGAUGACUUCUUAGGGGGCAGGGGAGGUAGUCGCCCAGGUGACCGGCGAACAGGCCCCCCCAUGGGCAGCCGCUUCAGAGAUGGCCCUCCCCUCCGCGGAUCCAACAUGGAUUUCAGAGAACCCACAGAAGAGGAAAGAGCACAGAGACCACGACUCCAGCUUAAACCUCGAACAGUCGCGACGCCCCUCAAUCAAGUAGCCAAUCCCAACUCUGCUAUCUUCGGGGGUGCCAGACCUAGAGAGGAAGUCGUUCAAAAGGAGCAAGAAUGAGCCUGCGGCUGGGAGGGAAUGGGGCGUGGGGGGUUAGAGCAGGACCACAGCCUGGUGAGUCCCCGGGCAGCCGUCCUGCAGCCGCCACUCCUGCACCUGCCAUUGGCCUCCUCACAGCGGAAACACAGCUUGUGAGUGCAUGUCAGCUGUUAACAAGUGGUUUUUAGUACAUUCUGGGCUUUGCUGUAUCUAUCUAGUGCCUGUUUGUGCUUUUUUUUCUUUCUUCCGCUGCUUCCCCAUUUUCCUUCUGUCCUUUUCCUCCUGCUCCUUGUUUUCCCAGCAGCACAUGGGGUUCCUUGGAGGAGUGGAGGUGGGCGCCGUCGGGGGGGCGUUUGGGCUGCAGUGCUGCGUCAUUUUUCUCCUUUGCUUUCUCGUUUUACUUUAGACAGUGGCCCAUCUCCAGGCGUUUCCUUUCAUUUCCUCAGUGCUUCUCUUCUCACCUGCAUGUUGAGUUCUGUAUUGCUGGGGCUUCCAACAAAAACCAGAGUCACUGACAGGGAACGGCAGGGACCUUGUUGGUAUCUGGCUGUGAUGAAUAUAGAGAAUCGGAGGCACCUUGUUUUCACAACUAGGAUAAAAAUAUCUGCAAGGUCCUUUCCAUUCCUAUUUGGAGGGAGUCCUGGCUCCAUGACCCCCUCCGCAGUGAACUGUGCAAGCAGAUAGGCUCACACGAGAAACAGUGAGACUGAAAGUGGGGGCCAUAGAAGAGUGGUAGAGAGUCCACGGAGAAGAUAUAGUGAAUGCUUGCAUGCAUUCACACGUGUUUGUUACUGCUCUUUCGAGGCGGUGGUCCAGCUAGUUCACUCCUUUCACCGGGCGCAGUCAAGGCUCCCCUCUCUGGCUGGGUGCAGUGAACGGCCAGCUGGAUUCUUUUCUGCUGGGCCAAGGCGCUUUGGGGGUGGAGGGGGUGGUGCUGGCGCUGCGCUGGGCUGACUGCAGCGCUGACGCGGCGUUUCCCCCCAUCCCUGUUGCCUGUGUGUUUGUGUUGAUCUGUUCCUAGUAUAGGCAACAUAAUGAGAUACUGUGCUUCCCACCUCCCCUUCAGUUCAGAGCCAAAAUGGGUCUAGAAUCUGGCACUUUACUCAUUUCUUUGAUUAAAUUAAAUUGUACUAUGCAGAGCUGUCAGGAACCUUCAGAUAGCCGUAGAGGACUGCAGCUGUCUAGGUCUGUGGCCACAUCUUGGGGACACACUGGAUUGUUCCCAUGUGCAGGGUUCAGCACUUACCUGGGAGUGCUAGGGGUUAGGCUUUUGAGCUUGAACCCCUGUGUGUGAACAGAUGAAAAAUCCUUCAGUACCGAAGUCCCAGUCUGUCCUAUGGGGAGCAGUUUGGGGGCGGCCGGCAGCAGGAGCCUGGGGAAGAGGCCCUCGCCAGGUGAUGGCCGGGCCAGGGUGGCCUGGGGCGCCCAGCGGAGUGUGCUUAGUAGUUGGUCACCAGCUGUCACCCUUGGCUUUUCCUACUGUGUCUUUGUUAAAAGGCCUCAGCAAUCCACAGAACUCACUCUCUCCUUCCUUCCACCUGUCAGCUUCUCUGCUUCCAAGAUAAGAACCAUUUGUGUAACACCAAUACUCAACUUCAGAAAGACAUGCAUUAUGUGGUUGCAAUCAACCCCGAUGCUUUCAGAUGACCUACUUACAUCUUCAGUGUGGAUAAGAUAAAGAACAAAACAAAUGCAUCUAAACCUCUGGGCAAUCCAGUUGACUUUUAAAUGUAAGAAUGGAAUUCCAAACACUUAACACAUUCAGCUAUAUGACAGAAAGUAAAUCUAUGGAUAUGGUAUUUUGUGAAUGAUCUUUUAAAUAAAAGAAAACCUUACGUAAUAUUUAA